ACGUUUUACAUGUCGCGAGAGACUUCUAGAAUAUGACAGUUCGAUUUUCAUCAAUUUCCCCUUUUUAGUUCCAGCUCACUGCCCCGUAGUUGGGGCUUUGUUUUUCUCCCGAGCCUUCACACCAACUUGGCACAGCUGCUCCCCUCCUUUCAUCCAUGGAUCUACGCACACCGGAGCCAGAGGAAAGUCGCUUCAUCACCACCACUGCCGCCCCCGUCAACCCGCCACUACUUAUUCGAGCUCAGGCUAGCGAGACACAUUCCAGCCCCACUCAACCUGGCACGAGUCAUGGAAUUCGUUGGCGUGAAGGAACUGUCGAUAACGAAUUUCUUGGACGAAAGAAGUCCAACUGUUGCUGUAUCUACAAAAAGCCUCGUCGGUGGGACGAAUCUUCCAGUUCAUCUUCGUCGUCAUCCUCUGAUGAAGGUCCCGGUGAUGGGACCGGUAAGCCAGGGACGCACAAGCAUGUUCACUGCACCGAGCACUGUCGAGGCCAUACGAAGCGAUGCUAUAAAAGGAAGGCCCCGGAGAACCAAGAGGCGAACAGUCCAAGCGCGCAGUCCACGGAACCGCCCUCGUAUGAGUCAGUGGUCCACCCAGAACAGCCGCCUGAAGGAAACGGAUCUACGACAUGAUUUCAUCUUCCCCUCGGCGAUCUCAUAGCAGAACUUGGCCGUGUCAUCGUUUUCACUUGAGUCUUCUCCGGGGAUCCCACCCGUGUAUGAAAAGAUUCUCGCCGUCUAGCCUACCUCCACUGGCCUGAUCUAUAUCUGCAAGACACCGUUAAAGGUGUACUGUCCCGUGUGUUUCAUCCAUCGCAGCCCACUGCAGCUUUUCCGGCACACAUUGAGCCUAUACUGUGUGGUUUCCCCUCUGAUCAAUGCAAACUGC